AUGAGGUCGGGCUACUGUGGCGCGGCCCCACCGAAGACUCCUGGCGACUACAUCCGCUCGUGCUUGCAGAAAAAGUACGCGGUCGUUCACCAGGGCCACCCCAGCCAGGUGGGAGCCUUGAUGGCAGACGCGCCGGCUCUGCCCCCCGCGCCCGCCGCGUCGGGCAGGCCCGAGUCGGCCGAUGCAGCGGGGCUCGCGCAUGCGCCGGGAGGCCUCCGCUCCGAGUCGCCGCGGCCAAGCUCGAGCGACGCAGCCGCGCCCCCUGCGCACGCCGCCGCGCCAGCACUGGCGGCGGGCGGGCCGACGUCGGCCGUGCUUCCGGGGCUGGCCAGUGGCGUCGACGCGGCCAGGCAGGACGGCUUCCUCUCCGAGCCACCACGGUUGGACUCGAGCGACGCCGCCGCGCACCCGGCCGCGGCGCCCGGGCAAGAGGCGCUGGCCAUCCGACCUGCGGCUUCCGCUUGGGCGGGGCCCGCGCUGCUGGAACGCUGCGUGGACAGCGGCGCCGCCAUCGGCAUCGCCGCCCUGGGCGCCGCCACCUCUUCCUGCGUCGUGUACCUGGCCAGGAGGUCGGCGGCAGUGGCGGACUGA